AUGUCUGUGCAGAAAUACCUCCCGUUACUCAACCUGAGCUGCGUAAAAUUUGUGUUAAGGCAUAUGAUGCAUGGACCAUGUGGCCGCUUAAAUCCAGAGUGUCCUUGUAUGAGAAAGAAGGAUAAUGUUAUUUCUUGUAAAAAUGGGUAUCCAAAACAAUUCACCGUACAAACAACAACAAAUAAAGAUGGCUAUCCAUGCUAUAAGAGAACUGAUACUGGAGAACAAUUGAAAGUCAGAAAUGCUCAGUUAGAUAACCGAUGGGUUGUCCCUUAUAACCCCUAUCUCACAUCACUCUUUGAUUGUCAUUUGAACGUAGAAGUUUGUUCAACUAUUAAAGCAGUGAAAUAUUUAUAUAAGUAUGUUUACAAGGGACACGAUCGAGUGGCCUUCAAUAUUCUGGCUGAAGAUAAAAAUUGUAACGAUGAAAUUGCUCAGUUUCAGUCGGGGAGGUGGGUGUCGCCAUGUGAGGCAGCUUGGAGAAUUUUUGGAUUUGAUUUAUUUGAGAUGCAUCCACCAGUCUUACCUUUGUCAGUUCAUAUUCCAGACAUGAACACAGUUUGUGUACGCCCUUAUGAACGUCUGGAUGUUGCUACUGAUAAUGGUCUUGGUUACUCAUAUGUAGAAUUUCCUGAACACUAUAAGUGGGAUGCUUCAGCAAAAUCAUGGUCCAAACGGAAAAAUAAAAAAUUGAUGAUAGGGCGAUUAGCUUUUGUCGCUCCUUCGGAGGGUGAACGCUUUUACCUUCGGCUUCUAUUAUUGAAUGUCAAAAGUCCAAAAUCAUUCACAGACUUGCGCACAGUUGAAGGUUAUGUGUGUGCAACUUUUAAAGAAGCAUGUCUAAGAGCUGGCAUUUUGAAAGAGGACGAUGCUGCAAGCAUUUGUUUAGCAGAAGCAACUGAAAUUCAGCUCCCUCGGGCUUUACGCCGACUAUUUGCAACUGUUCUUAUAUUUUGUCAGCCGAGUAACCCUGAAGAAUUAUGGUUUAAAUAUUAUUCUGCAUUAUCAGAAGAUUUUGCACGCCAAUACCCUGGUGUUGAAAACAAAGUUAAAAGAUUAACUGUCAGAUCAGUAGAGCAGCAUUUAGAGGCCAUGGGCAAGUCAUUAUCUGCUUGUGGUCUGGCUGUUUUAAUGGAAGACACUGAUAACCAGAUUGAUAGAAUAAAAGACAUUCAAGAUGCUUUAGAUGCUCCGAUUCCUCAAAAUUGUAUAGAAAGUCGUGGCUUGCUUAAUACGGCACAAAAGGAAAUUUUUACUUGUAUUAUGCAGCAUAUCGUAGAAGGAAAACCAGGGGCAUUUUUCGUAGAUGGUCCUGGUGGAACUGGUAAAACGUUCUUAUAUAAUGCAUUAUAUGCUGAGAUCCGCCUUAUGAAUAAGAUUGUUUUACCUACUGCUACGUCUGGAAUAGCUGCAGCAAAUAUUCCAUCAGGUAGAACAGCACACUCAAGAUUCAAAAUUCCAUUGGACAAUGAUGCUUCAUUAGCUUGCAGUGUUUCUAAGCAAAGUAGCCUGGCAGCGUUAAUAAAAGAAACAGCUCUUAUAAUAUGGGAUGAAGCAUCUAUGGCAAACAAGCAAAAUCUAGAAUCUCUAGACCUUUUAUUACAAGACAUAUGUGAUAGUGAUGUGAUAUUUGGUGGGAAGGUAAUUAUCUUCGGUGGAGACUUUCGACAAGUGUUGCCUGUUGUUCCUAACAAGACUAUUAGAGAAGCAGUGGAAGCAAGUAUAGUGAGUUCUUAUAUAUGGCAGCAUUUGCGGAGAUUCAGGUUAACUGAAAAUCUAAGAGCUAGGGAAGAUCCUUCAUUUUCUCAGUUUUUACUUGCACUGGGAAACGGUGAACUGCAGCCCAUGGAAAGUGAUUUUUUUGAGUUGCCACCUCAGAUAGUGCAGACUUUCCAGCCUGAUGCUGAUCCAAUAGAUGAGUUACUCGAAUCUUCUUUUCCAUAACUUGGUUCAGGUGCUCUGGACCCUCAAAUCUUUUCAAGAAGGGCUGUUCUAACACCUAUAAAUGACGAUGUAGAUACUAUAAAUUCGUUCAUGAUUGAGAGAUUCCCAGGACAAGCCAUAUCUUAUACAAGCUAUGACAGUGUCCUAGAUGAUAGUGGCAGCGUAUAUCCUACAGAAGUCCUGAAUAAACUAUGUCCAGGUGGAAUGAGCCCUCACAAUCUUGUGCUCAAAGAAAACUGCCCAGUAAUAUUGCUUAGAAACCUUCUGCCAUCUUCUGGUUUAUGCAAUGGAACGCGCCUUAUAUGUAAAAGAGGAACCAGUUUCCUAUCAAGCUCAGCUUUGCAAUGACUAUAAACAAGUCACAGGGGCAAACUUUAGAUCAAGUGUUAAUAUAUCUCCCUCGUUCGUGUUUUUCACAUGGUCAGUUAUAUGUGGCUCUCUCACGUGCACGGUCUGCAGAUAAAGUGAAAGUUGUAUCAGU